AUGUCUACACAGGAGGUCCCGGUGGACACCCCCUUCCCCGACAUGAACAUCGACAAGCAACAUGGCCCUGUGCACAUUCACAGUGCGACCGCUACAAUCACCAGGAUCGCUAAGAGCCCACCGUCCGAGGGUUUCACCACGAAGGUCAUCAGGGUCGUGAUGUCAUGCACCGGCAACAUUGACACCGACACCAUUCUCAUCGAGAACUCCGAUAUCCUUCGCAUGUUUGUUGAGAAGGAGGGAAAAAUAGUCAUCAGUUUCACGCAGCUUCCCAUGAUGAUACCGAUCUGGAAGUUGGAACCUGCUGGCCCAAUGCCGGACAACAUGGGUGAAGAGGACACCGAUGAGGACCUCCAGAUGAUAAGGAAUGCUUGGAAAACCUGUCGACUUGUAUGGGGGCGCCAUGCGGGACUUGAAGAGCUGAACAGGCGAGCAGCUGUGACUAUGCGUGCGAUGCAGAAGCAGGACGAGCUUGCUGCUCAAGCUGAUAAUGAGGACGUCGAAGGGCAUUGGAGCGAUGCAGAGGAAGAGGUUGCGGGCCAGACUGCUGGCGACUCUACAUCGACCGGAACACGCAAGCCCGGGUCUGAAGACCUUGCAGCCUUGGUCCGGCGUCGCCAGGCCGAGAUCGAGGCUGCUCAGGCCACGGAGGCGGGCCCAUCGGAUUUCUUGGGCUCAUCCCGUUUGGAGGAUGAUAAUGAAGGAGAUGGAGAUCCUGAGCUCUUUGGUCUCUCGGGUAUAGAUGACGAGGGAGGUAUAGAGGGACAAGUCGAGAACCGGUCGGAAGAAGAGCCUGAAGAUGACAGCGAAGACUUUGAAGAUACCAGCGAAGAAGCCGACAACGACAAAGAAGACGGGAACUUCGGGGAGUCUCUCCCUGUGAAGGGCAAGCGCUCGCAAGGUACACUGAAGAAGGUCUCACAACCGUCUCAGAAGCAGCUUGGAAAGCGACCUGCCAAGCCCACUCCAGUUGAAGCCAAUACCCAGCCCCCCAAGUCAAAGCUUCGAAAGACUGGGGUUCCGAUCUGGCCGACGACUAUCAUCACGACCGGUACCGCCGGACCGAGUCUACGACAGGUUAUGGAAGAAAUGGGCCAGAUCUUAACGACAGACGCUGACCGUCAGGAGUAUAUGCAUCUCGUUUGGACACGCCGCCGAGCUGCCGAGGAAGAAAAGGACGCUACCGCCGAACAAGCAGUGCUUGCUGACCUAGAGACCUUUGUGCGUAAUCACGGCAUCGUGGACUUGCACAACCGGUGGGCUCGAUGGAUGGAGUCUGGCGUCAAGACCGCCAUGCCCAUGUACAAACCGGCAGGAACUGGUGUGAUGGAUGCGGAGGAGCGGAAAACGAUGUUCGAGAGGAAGAAAAGGGUGCGUCGGGGCUAG